GAAAUGGCUCAGAAACGGGUCAGAUGCUACGGCUACUACCGGAUCAUUACUGACCCCAUUCACUUGCUUGGGGUCCGUCAGUGCCCAGGUAAUUUUGCAGGAUUUUAGUGGAGAAAAAAAUAGAGCUUGUGCAAUUUUUCUUCCGCUAAGCUCCCGUCCUUCUGGCCGGAUUGAUGAAUAGAGGAGUCCGACGGCAAUAUGAACCAGGCCAUAUACUGAAGCACUGGGUUUGCAAGGUGCUGAAGACAGCUCGUCACUGGGCUUUAAAAUCGAGGAGAAAUACUGUGAGGAACCAGAACCUCUGAUGAGAGUUAGAACCCGGACAUUUGCAGCCUUAAAUAAAAGGACAUUUUAAUCUGUUGCUCUGCCUGAAAUGCUUACAGUGCAUUGGUACCAGCUCAUCGUGUCGUAUGGUAGCCAGGACCUGUCCGUCUUAUGAAACCACCUGCAUCUCCCUGGCUUACAGAUCACUAGAUAGUAACACCGUGAUGAAGGGCUGCUCCACCACCGAAAUGUGCAACCAGACCUCAAUCAUUGAUAUAGGGAAUCGAGCCAUCUACAUGAGUGCGACGUGCUGCGAGACCAACUUCUGCAAUCUCAACCGGUACUCCACUGCUCCAGUUUUCUCUAAUCGCAUACAAUGCAAUUCUUGUAAAAGCUCCACGUUUUCCUGCUCGUCUCCAUUCCAAAGCUUAUUUUGUGAUGAAGUCAACAACAACUGCGUGGAUCUGGUCACCAGGGAAUUCACAAACGGAGUUGUUUCUGGAACUUCGUAUGUGAAGGGUUGUGGAUCAGGAAACGCUGCAUGUACCGAUCUCUUUGCCUACGACACAGGAAAAUACCAACGUUAUACUUAUCUUUCCUGCUGCAGCAGUAGGGAUCUCUGCAAUAGUGCCCAAGUAUCUGUUCCUAUCCUAAAUAACAUCAAUGGAAUAACAUGUUUUGGAUGUUUGGAGACUGGAAAGAAUGAGUGUGCCGUAGAGAACCAAACUACGGUGCAGUGUAAAGGCCUGCUCAUCCGAUGCAUGGAGGCAUUUGAUAAGAACCGGAAUACAAUCAUGAAAGGCUGUUCUACAGUGGGCUUCUGCUCAUCCACGUUCCCUUCCCAAGAAGUACCCACAUUUUCAGAGAUCCAGUGCUGCGCUGGAAGCAUGUGCAAUAACUUUACACGGAGUACCUCCAAUACUACCACUGUGGUCAGUAGCUCCUCAAGACUACACACAGACUUACAGCUCCCGGCCUUCUUUAUAUGUUUAUUAUAUGCUAUACUGAGACACAUUCCCUAGCAGUACCCGACAGAAAAGAACUAAGAAAGACUUGUACAGAAGAAUUGCUAUUUAUAUUGAAGAACUCAAACUAUGCCCUAACUUUGGAUACAAACUGGUUCUACUGGAGCUUUAGACUCAUGUUCCUUCCUUGAGGGUCUAUUAAGUUGAUUCUCAUGAAGCCGGGAGUAAUGCAACAUGCAGUUCACUGGAAUACCAGAUCCAAAUCCCAAUUUCGGGAAUUCAUAGAAGACUGGAUUAGCAUUCCUAAAACCCAUGGAACAUCAAUGGGACCACCACUAGCUCCGGCACCAUCACUUCAUCGACUCCUACUAAAUGGUCAACAUUUGACUAUUUCAUAACCAUGACUUCUCGUUGAGUUCUCUUCCGCUUUAUGUUAUAAAUAUUAUUUGUAAUUUAGAUUUUUUUUUUUUACAUAUUCUCUAUAAAAAUGUCCACUCUCAAAGUAGGAUACUUCCUGGCACUACUACUUGCAACAUUUUCAGAUA